UUUCAGAACUUGUUUUCUUAUCUUCUACAAGGUUUCUAAGAACCUAAACCUCCCAAGUUUCAAGGUCACUAUGCCUUUGACCCUCUGAACCCAUCUGUACCCAUUUGCUUUACAAAGAAUCUGCAUGUUUAUCAAACAGCAGUGACUCAUUCUGUUGCAGAUGUUUCCAUAUGUAAAGCACCAUAAAUAUCAUGGAUUGGGAUGUGGAGCAGGCAGUGCGAAGAUGUGUAGGUUAGCAGGCAACAUUUGAGUCUGGGUCUUUUUCUUUGUUAUUUCAGUGUGUGUCAUUUUUUCUGCACAGACCGCAGGCUCCUUUUUAUGAGAAACAGCAACAAAGGAAAAGCUCCCUGGUUCUAAAGGACGUCACUGUCAAUGCUUUAUGACGAAGCUUUCACUGUAUUUACAGUCCAGGAAAUUUUUAGGUUUGCAUUUUUAGUCAAUGAGUGUAUCUGCACCAUCUUGCAGAGAAGGUAUUUCCCCUUACACUUCACACCUGCGGCAUCUCCUCCGAGGAGAGCUUGUGCUGCCUUUCCUGAAAUAAGAUUCGUUUAGAGUCAUAGUGAAACUACCAUGAGCAGAUAGACAAGUGACUCAGUAAGUGAGUCACUGCUUAGCAGAUAGAAAUAGAGUGUUAGACGAUAGUCUGUCCCAAAAUCAUUGCAUUGUAGUCCAAACUGCAUUACCAACCUGUGCUGAGAGAUGCUGGGAGUCCAGCUCUCAAAGACAUGGCUUGGCACAGCCAAGAAGGGAUCAGCCUUUGGGAGCAUCGCCAGUGGCCAGAUAAUGGAGGAAAAACUGCUGCAGAAAAUGUCUCUUUCUGCUCUAGAGGUCACAUUAGUGCUGCACGCUGAUGGACGUGGAGGAACAAUCCCAAAGGAGGAGUAUUCCUCUCUGGAAUUGAAUAUAUAUUGAUUUUUCUUUCCCAGCCGUAAACUGUGAGUUUCAGCCCCUCACUGAUGAACAAGGUGGUAACUUCAGAACAGAGAAUAGGAGGAAACAGCAAGCAAGAGAGACAAAACCCAAGCUGAGCCCGUGGGUGAUGGGCAGGGAGCUCAGCUGUCCUCAGCAAAGGGGCACGCAGGCGGUCUCAUUAAGGAGAUUUAUUAUGCAGAGCUGAUGGGAUCCGCCGCCCAGCAGCCAGGACUGAAAUAGCAAAGCCGUCGCUCCAGCUGGGGAAAGGCUGGGUGCUUUAAGAAGUCUUCUUCAUCUCAGAUUUCCGCAAUUGAGCUAAUUGCCCAGCAGGGCAGGCAGACAGUCUUUGCUCCUGCAAAGUCUGGCAGGAGGAGCGCCCAGCGGCAUCCUGGGCUCCUGGAGCACGAGGAUUCUGUGGCCUGGCGGAAGCGCUGGUUCGUGCUGCGCAGAGGGCGCAUGAGUGGGAACCCAGACGUGCUGGAGUACUACAGGAACAGCCACGCCAAGAAGCCCAUCCGCAUCAUCGACCUCAAUGAGUGCGAGGUGCUCAAGCACUCGGGGCCCAACUUCAUCAAGAAGGAGUUCCAGAACAACUUCGUCUUCAUCGUGAGAACCACCUACCGCACCUUCUACCUGGUGGCCAAAACUGAGGAGGAGAUGCAAAUCUGGGUGCGCAACAUCAGCCAGAUCUGCAACUUCGGGCAUUUAGAAGAUGGCACAGGUUCAGUGGAAAGCCUGUCCCACACAACCUCGUCCCCCCAGCCUUCGCCAGCUGCCUCCACCCACACAUCCCGCAUCGCCGAUCCCUCCUUCUCGGUUGACCACACUGCCACCGAUGCUUCUGCUGCAGAGGAGACCCCUAGUGAGUCGGAGUCGGUCUUCCUCCCCGACUACCUCUUCCUCUCCAACUGCGAGUCGGGCAAGCUCAGCCACACCAGGUGUGACAGCUGGUCCAACUCAGACAGAUCGCUGGAGCAGACCUCAUCAGAUGAUGUUUUCAUCGACUCUCUGCAGUCCCAGCCCUCCUUGUACCUCGUGCAGCCAUCCGGCACCAUGCACCAGGAUGGGGCCCCGCUGGCAAACCCUGGUGUGGUGCCCAGGAGCACGGACAUGAGUGGGACAGCCAGCGACUUGUCCUCCUCUCCACUGCUGGGGACACCGCUGACACCAACCUUUCCAAUGGAGCAGAGCCAAAGCACGCUGCCCUAUGGCGUGAGCCAGCUGGACGUGCUCUCCAACACACCCCCACCACGGCCCCCCAAGCCCACCCACUUCUCGGACAGGCGAGGGGAUGAGGCAGGUGGUGGGGUGCUACAGAAUGGCCACGCGGGGACCUGCCGUGCUCCAGUGGCACUGGUGCCCAGGAGAAUCUCCCUGUCCAGCCUAGACAACAUGAGGAACUGGAAAGCAGACAUGGAAGGCAGUUCUUUAAGAAGUCGGGACAAGAGACUUAGCUUGAAUUUGCCCUGCCCCUUCUCCCCGCUCUACUCGACGGCUGUGGAUGGAGCAGAAGACAACUAUGUGCCCAUGCGCCCCAGCACCUCUCCCUCGGCACCCGGCUCCGACUGCUCCCCUGAUGGCUACAUCCCCAUGAGCCCCAGCUCGGCAACCUUCACCUUCCCUGUAGUCAACACUGAAAAAGUCACCAGCCCCUUACCUGAGCUGCCCUCCGACCUGGAGCCGCCCCCAGUGAACCGAGACCUCAAGCCUCGCAGGAAAUCACGGCCACCUCCUUUGGACUUGAGAAACCUCUCCACAAUCCGAGAGCAUGCUGCUGUGACCAGGAUGUGGACUGUGCCUUACAAUCGAAUGAGCUUUAUCUCACCAGAAAGAGACGGUAUUAAUUCAGCAAGAAUAUUUGCCAAUUCAGUUUCCGGAGAAGAGGAAGAAAGUUACAUUCAUAUGGAGCACAGACAGGCAACAUCUCCAUACAGUGGUGCUUUUCCAUGGACAAGGAAAUCUAACCUUGAUUACUUAGCAUUGGAUUUUAAUUCUGCUUCCCCAUCCCCUGUACAGAAGAAACCAUUUCUUUCUGAGGAGCAGAGAGUGGACUAUGUCCAGGUAGAUGAACAGAAGACUCAGGCUUUACAGAACACUAAGCAGGAAUGGACAGAUGAGAGGCAAUCAAAAGUUUAAAGGAAGAAGAUUUGGAUCUGGAGGAGGUGGUUUGUUUGCACUGGAACCAUGAUGUCAAUGAAGCAGCUAUCACAGAGUUCAAAGGCAGAGAGAGUGAAGAAGCUGCAAGAUGCUUGCAGUCUCUGGAGGAGUGGCAUUUUUACCAGAAAUCUUUGAUUUCAUUUGGAAAUAGUAUGUUAAAAGAGUGAGUGCUUCACUGAUUGAAGUAAUGCAUUACUCUUGUUACUGCCCUUACUGGUAGGCUACAUGGUACCAUUUCUGGCAUAACUUUGGGACAAGUCAGACACUUAAUGUUAACAAAUCCACUACAAGUUGCAUUAAUCUAGUUGGUCUUGUCUUUUCCCUCUGUUGUAUCAUUCCUAGUUGCUAAAGCUAUUUUUUUAUAUUCCUUACAAACACUGUGGGUGCUCAGGCUGCCUGUGGCAGCAAGCAUCUGACAGAUAUUGAUGACUAAUCAACUAAGGGCUAAAAUACUGAAACAGUAAAAAGAACUUUUAAAAUGUACAGCACUCAAGCAAAGAGAAUUUUGGAACAUAUUUUUCCCCUGUGUUUAAAAGAUGUGACUCUGAGCUGUCAGAAGCUCAAAACAAGACUAUGUACUGAUGGGUCUGGGACAUGUGGGCAUUGACCCUCUGGUUGAUGACCAUCGUGUUAAGUUUCUCUCUGCUGUGGCUUAUUCUUGUCACCUCUCGCUCUGAUUACUACUGAUGUUUUCUUCGUGUCUUGAGGAGUGUCCUCAGCACAGCACAGCUGCUCCUCUAGCAGGAGACUGCUGACACGCAGCUCUCAGCUGGCUGAAAAAUAGCAAGGGAAGCUGUGAGCCUGUUUCUGCAAGUCUUGGGAGACCUGGCAAAGGAUCAAGAAUGCUUUCAUUCAAACUGCAGAAGAAAUGCAAUUGGAAUUGCUGGUAGCAAUUGUCAAACUGAUUGUUUCAUCAGACUCACCCCCAAAAAUGGAAAAUUAAGAAAUGCAGCUCGGUCUGUGAGAGGCUGGCAGGCCUGCUAGGAAACAACAGCACGGCAUGAGGACCUCUGGGUUCAGGAAGCUUAUCUACCUUGGGUCUUGUUAGGGACACUAUCUCAGGAUCAUAUAUGUGUAUAGUUUGACAUAUUUAACUGAAAAAGCUUGGCUGCAGUCUAUUUUAAGAUGGCAUAUAGCCGCUGCAGAACUGGCAGUUUGCAGUGCAGUGACCCACACCGGAUUUGAUCUUUGCUCAUGCAGGUAAGUUCCACUGGCCAUAGAUGCCUGAUCCUGCCAGCAUGGAAGAUUUCUUUGACAAAGCCAAGUCACUGGCCCCCUCGUGUGCCUGUUGUACCGCAUUAUCGUCAGACCCACUCACAAUGCUGAGUGACCAAGCAGUGGCCAUGGAAACAUCAUUGCAGACAUCCCUCCUUACUGCUCUCCCUCCACCCCUGGGCUCACCAGGUGGGCUGAGUUGCAUGUCCUACAGGAAGGGGCUGCCUCAAAAGCAGAAAUGCUGCUUUCCUCCUACCUCAAGACAGCUGAAGUGCUAGCAAGUCUUGCUGUUUACUUAGAUCAAAUGCAGAGUUGGGUACCUGGGUAACACCCUGCAAGAGCAGUGAGAUUUGCCAGCACCUCUACUGACCCUGGGGCAAAGUGGGCAGCUGGUCUCAUAGGCAGAAAUUGUCCUGGGUUAGAGAUGCUUAGAAAAUUGGAUGUAUGCUCCAGGAUGUUCCCUCUUCUCCCCUCCCAAAGCACUAAAAUGAAAGAUGAUGUCCAGAAAAGUUUCAUAAAGAAUCCAGGCUUUUCAGCAUAAGAUCUGGAGUGAAAUUUAGUUUCUGAACCCUCUUUUUUUUUUGGUCCUAAACUAAACCCAAUGCAGGCAAGUGCUGCACAGCCAUGUCCCAAAUGGGGCUGUGGGAGAGGGGAACUGGACUGUGGGGAUCCGCACCUCCGGGGGAUGCAAGAAAGUGCAGCUCACAGGGCCAUGCUCACAAGGACUUUGGCCUUUCUGCUCACACAAAUUGCUGUCAUAAAGCGUACAAAUGAUAAAAUGCCACUGAGAGCUUGCAAGGUAUGCUGCAGUACUGAGUUAACACUCAGAUGAGGUGUGUGUUGUGGUAGGGGAUUGUCACACUGAGGAGCCAUGUGAAGUACAGAAGGCAUCUGUAAAGGACAAGAUCAAUUAUGCUAAGCUUCUGCAGAGCCCAAAUUGUGAAGCAAUGGCAUGCUAGCCUCUGAUUCAGACUGCAGUAGCGUGCAAAUCAGCUCAUGUUCUACUGGAGCAUUUCUUUUCAUGCUGUCAGAAAAUCUUCCAAAGUAGAAAAAUACCAAGCUGUUGAGGACAACUGACACGUUUGUUAUUGUGGUUUGUUGUAAAACUGUUUAAACUUGGACAAAACUUGGCUACUGGGUCAAUCAGAAAGAGCAAGUUCUUCUGGUUCAGGUUUCUUAAAAAGACAUAGAAGUUCAGCUUGGAUGUGGCUGUCCUUCAGUCAGUCCCCCCUUAAACUUCUGCAUGUCUCCUUUCUGCUCCCAGAGCUGUCUUGUCCCCAUCAGAUACAGCUUACUGGUUUCUAACUUUCACUUUUAAACUCAGAGUUAAGUUCGGGGUUAUGUUCAGGCUUGUCAUUUAAGGUCCGACUGCUCCGGAGCCCAUGAGAUGCAUUCUUGUGCAAGUACAAUAUACUAAACAGGAGCAAUUAAAAAAAAAUGGCAGAAGAA